GGUUCGAGGUGUGGCCACACGAGUGUACAGGGGCUGGCCACGUUUUAUCUGACACGAUGCCAUGGGCCUUCUUGGCCACCGGGACACGUUCAACCGCUGUCAAACAGCACCCCUGGGUCCUUUUCGACCGGCCGCUUUCCAGCCACUCUGUCCCAACUCCGUGGCGUAGCGGCGACCCAAAUGCGGGACCCGGAUGUUCAGGCCAGGGAGCAAAGGCGAGGAGAGGAAGAGUCACGCGGUUUGGGGGAGGAACCAGCGCGCUUCUCACUGAGGCGGCCGCCGCGGAGACCGCCGUCCGCCGCAGGGGAGGCGGAACCCUGGGGACGGCGCCGGUCGUCAGCCGGCGCCCUUUCGCCGAGGCCUUCCGCCGUCCCGCCGUUACCCCGGCAACGGCGCCGCCGGCGUAACGCGAAGCCCGGGCCCGGCCGCAGGAUGAUGCUCUCGAGGGCCAAGCCGGCCGUGGGGGGUACCCCGCCGCCGGGAGACAGGCGGAGGAAGAAAGGGAAGGAGGUGCCACAGUUGGAAGAACUCUUGGCUCACAGGGACUUCACCGGCGCGAUCGCCUUGCUGGAGUUUAAACAGCACGUGGGUGAGGAGGAGGAGGAUGGCAACCUUUGGAUCGGAUACUGUGCGUUUCAUUUGGGUGACUACAAGAGAGCUCUGGAGGAAUAUGAGGCUUUAACCAAGCAAGCAACUUGCAAACCAGAUGUUUGGGUGAACCUUGCCUGUACCUACUUCUUUCUGGGGAUGUACACGCAAGCAGAACAAGCAGCUUUGAAAGCACCUAAGAGUGGUCUCCAGAACCGUUUACUCUUUCACCUGGCACAUAAGUUCAGUGAUGAAAAGAAACUGAUGAGCUCUCACCAGAACUUGCAAGAUGUUACAGAAGAUCAGCUUAGCCUGGCGUCUAUCCACUACAUGCGGUCCCACUACCAAGAAGCUAUUGAUAUCUACAAGCGCAUUCUGCUGGACAAUCGGGAAUACCUGGCUCUGAAUGUAUAUGUGGCCCUGUGCUAUUACAAACUGGAUUACUAUGAUGUAUCCCAGGAAGUGCUAGCUGUUUAUCUUCAGCAAGUUCCUGACAGCACCAUUGCUCUUAACCUUAAGGCUUGUAACCAUUUCCGACUUUACAACGGAAAGGCUGCAGAGGCAGAGCUCAAAAACUUGACAGACAGUGCCUCAUCAUCUUUUGAGUUUGGCAAGGAGCUCAUUAAGCACAAUCUGGUGGUUUUCCGAGGAGGAGAAGGGGCUUUGCAAGUCCUGCCUCCUCUGGUUGAUGUUAUUCCUGAGGCAAGACUGAAUCUUGUGAUUUACUAUCUCCAGCAAGAUGAUGUGCAGGAGGCUUAUAACCUGAUUAAGGACCUGGAACCUACAGCUCCACAGGAGUACAUCCUCAAAGGGGUGGUAAAUGCAGCACUUGGACAAGAAAUGGGCUCGAGAGAUCAUCUGAAAAUUGCUCAACAGUUCUUCCAGUUGGUGGGGGAAUCAGCCAGUGAAUGUGAUACCAUUCCAGGGAGACAAUGCAUGUCCUCCUGCUUCUUUCUUCUUAGACAAUUUCCUAAUGUCCUAAUUUACCUCAACUCAAUCAAGGAAUAAACUUCAGUUGAAUCUCUGCAGCUCUUAAAAUAGCGCUGCCCUCUAUGAAGAUUAUUUGCUUGGUAUUCUCUCAAGAAACACCACUUUCAUCCAUGAUCAAUUAAAACUGCUUUAGGCAUAAGAAAGCCUCAGAGGACAUAAAUAUAUUGCCAGCUGCCCCAAGGGUGACAUUAUAACACUGUCAGGGAUUAACUGAGUAAAAAACAACCUGAUUCAGGCUCUCCUGAGUUGUGGCCACAAUGGGAAUUCUUCAUUUUUAAGCUGGGUAUCUGAGUAUGUUAUUGAAAUGGAUGUCACUCAGAGGACAGUUGGUUUUAUGAAAACAUUGAAGAUCUCUAAAAAGACCACAAAAGGGUAAAGUCCAGUAUAUACAAUAUGGUUAAAAAAAAGAAAAGAAAAAAGAAAUUAGCUGCUGUGAAUGUGUUGUAUUAUCAGCAGCACUUGUUAAUUUCUCCUGGUUUUGGUUUUGCAGUAGAUCUGGUCUCUAACACUUAUAUGGCCAGGACAGAAUGACACAUUUUUUGAGUUUGGUUGUUGACAAAGGUUCUUCUCCAUUUUAAUUAAAAAAUACAAUGGGGUCUACUUGACCAGAAGAAAUCAUUCAUGCAGUAAAACUAGCAUCUGGCUCACCAGCUUUGCUUAACCUGGGACUUGCGCUGAUUCACAUGAAACUACUGUUGAGAAAGGAUGCAGUAAAAUGUCAUAAUCCUCAUAUGUGAAACCCACAGUUAGUUCACCAUAAGGGCACUGAAAUAUUUUUACAAACUGAGCUUAAGGUUCUCCCCAGUGGUUCAUCCUCAUGCUGUCACACAGCUUGCUGUAUUUGCUGGCUUGUGCAUGCUGCCAUAGACUGUUUGGGUGAAACCUGGACAUCUGGCAAAUAGUGGCAAUCCCUCACCUUUCCUUUCAAGGCACUAGUUUGAUGUGUGUGGUGAACUAAAUCAGUACCCUUUGCAGACUCCCUGUGGCAGUGAAAGGGAGAUGUUCCUCUGUGUCCCUGCAUCGUGAAAGAAGAUAUUACUGGGAAAGGGAUUGGUGCCUUGCUUUAUUUACCUUUUAUACAGUCUCAACUAUGCUUUUUUCCUCCUCCUCACUCUAAAGAGGGGAAAAAAACAACAUUUAAUCUUCCUAAACAAGUUCCUUUAUAAAUAUUGUAGAAGGAAAAACAUUUCCCUACAUCUUGCUGUUAUGCACACAGAGAUGCUUUCUUGCAGUAACUAUAUUGGAUAAACCACCUAUUUCUCCAUGCUCUCUCAUAAGCACUGCACUGCUGCUGGGCAGGGAUCCUCAAUCCCAUUCAUGCUUGCAUCUGGUAUUGCGUUCUAUCUUACCUCUGCCAGCUUUACUGGUCCAGCAGUGUGGGACAGUGCUGAAUGUAGAACGCAGCUGAGUUUUGAUCAUCUGAGUUAUACUUCAGACUGACUGUGAUCAGGUCAACCCCAAAUACCAGCCUUACCUGUACCUUGAGUUACAUUUCUUGCUUUGACCCAUGUAGCUUUUCAGAGAAGAUAAAGCUAGUUGAAUCUGAUGUGUCCUAAACCAGAUGUUUCAUAUCUAGUGUUAUGGGAGGGCAAAACUCAGUGUUGCUCUUCACCUAGAGAGAAGGAUACCUUUAAGCAAGGUUUGCCUAAAGAAGUGCUAUUACCUGGUGUGCUGCCUGCUACAGCCCAGUACUGUGGCUUCACCUGCAUCAUGAGACCCAUUUUGUCAGAUUAGCAUCCAUCACAUAACCAGAUGCACAGGAUCUCUUGAUAAACCUUAACAAGUCUUGGAAGAACAAACUGUUUUGUUUGUCUUAAACUGCCUUUAAGACUCAAGGAAGCCAACUGCCUAUUUACCCACCCUAGUGGUGAAAAAAGUGCUUGGGAAGUGAAAGAGGCCAUAGCAGCAUAGCAUGUCUUCACAUGCCCCAAGUGAAAAUUAUACCCACAAAAGCUGCCACUGCAAUUUUAAGCUUGGAACAUUUUCCAGAUCUCUCAUAGUUAAUAUUGUGGAAUGUUUCAGCAGUGUUUGUAGUCAUGAAUGUAGGAUGGAAAAGCUAGUCCAUAAUUUUUCUGCCCGCUGUUUAUAAAUACCGUAUGUUCCUAAUGUGGGAUUUUCUUUUCCUUCCCAUUGUCUCCUUUAUAUGGUCUGACUCAGACUGAAGCGGGGGGGAUGUAUUUUUAAUGUUGUUUUAUCAUGGGAGGAGGUGUUUUUGUUGUAUUUAUUUGGGGUUUGUCCAUAUU